AUGGCCGCUACAAAAAUCCUUCCAAAUUCACAACCUUUUGCGAACACAUCCGACUCUCGCCAGAACCACCUUGAUCGACCGCAAUCCUUCAGAUCUGCUGGCGGCGGCGCAUACGACGCUGAUUCGGAGCUUACUCGACCGAAACCAAAAAUGUCCUUCAGUAUGAGCCAGGGAUCCCAGGGGGCCGGACUCACGAUACAGGGAGGAGGAGUAUUCAGACAGUAUGAGGGAAACAAUGGGAUGAAUAGAGGACAUACGGCACCCCAGAUAUACUCGGCCAUAUAUUCAGGUGUUGAUGUCUACGAAAUGGAAGUCAAUGGUAUCGCAGUGAUGCGUCGGCGCAAGGACAGCUGGUUGAAUGCUACACAGAUAUUGAAGGUUGCCGGCAUCGAAAAGGGAAAGCGCACGAAGGUUCUGGAGAAGGAGAUCCUCAUAGGAGAGCAUGAGAAGGUCCAAGGAGGUUACGGAAAAUACCAAGGCACCUGGAUCAAGUUCGAGAGAGGCCUUGAGUUCUGCAGACAGUACGGUGUCGAGGAAGCACUCCACCCGCUCUUGACCUAUGAUAUGGGGCAAAAUGGAGGCAUUGCGGGAAGCGGCGUGAUCGAUACUCCUACCAAGGAACAAGCGAUGGCCGCGCAGCGAAAGAGACUGUACAACUCAGGCGCGGAUAACCGAUCGAGUGGACAGUCAGGCACCUUCUUCAAAAAUAUCUCCAGCACUGCUUCUCAUGCGGUUGCAGCCAUCAGCAAAGCUCGAUUUGACUCUCCAGUACCACGAAUGAGGAACGGCUCGACUGCACCUCGUCCAGCGAGCUUCAGCAGGCAACCGUCGAACCAACAUCUUGGCUCCCAAGAAAAUGCAUUCCCCGGUGGCUCACAACAGAGCAUGCAGAGUUUCACAUCGAAUGAUAGCUUUGCGGCCAGUGGACAACCGGAUUCUGCAUAUACAGCGCAAUUCUCACAUACUGGGCGUGACGAUGCACGCAAUGGAGAGUUUGAGGAGUCACCGAGGAAACGAGCCAGACUCUCUCCAAGUAUCACUGGCCAAUAUCAGGUUGAUAACAACUUCGGCAUGUCUAUCCGCGAAGCUUCACCAACCGAGCCAAACGACUCCUUUGUGUAUCGUGCCCAGUACAUGCAAAACGACGGAGGCAAUGCACCGCUUCCACCCUUGCCCGUAUCUUCUGAUCCUCACGGAGUCGCAAAGAAGGAUCUUUUGAUGUCUCUGUUCACUGCCCACGAUGACUUCAGCAACCAUCAGGCCUUCCAAAAUCUUAGUCCCGAGGAUCUCGAUAUACCAAUCGAUGCAAGCAGUAAUACUGCCUUGAUUUGGGCCGCUACACUUGCUCGUGGGAGCCUUCUUAAAGCCUUGAUCUCACAAGGAGCUAGUAUUUUCAGAGUAAAUGCGGCAGGAGAGACUGCUUUGAUGCGCUCAUGUUUGGUCAAUAACAACCUGGAUGCUGGGAGCUUCUCGGAUAUACUCGAGCUGCUCGGUCCAAGUAUUGAGAUUCGAGAUUCGCGUGGCCGAACGGUACUGCACCAUAUUGCACUUACCUCAGCCGUCAAGGGACGCAGUCAAGCGAGCAAAUAUCACCUUGAGACAUUACUCGAGUUCGUCGUUCGUCAAGGAAGUGCGCCCAACAGUCAACAGUCAUUCAGCAACGCUCCGCCGGCACCUAAAACACUAAGCAUCGGCCGCUUCAUGUCUGAGGUGGUCAACAUCCAAGAUGUAUUGGGGGAUACGGCGCUGAAUAUCGCGGCGAGGAUUGGCAACCGCAGCAUCAUCUCUCAGCUGAUCGAAGUCGGUGCAGACGCCUCGAUCGCAAACCAUUCGAACCUGAGUCCGAUAGACUUCGGUGUUGGUGACCCUUCGGAAUUUGAGCGCCGUCCAGGAGAGGAGCGUGCUCACCACAAGACCAUGAGCAAUGAGAGAAAACAGAGCAGUAGCGAGAUUAUCAAUUCUAUCGCCACCCUUCUCAACGAAACAGAGAAUGAGUUUGGCAAAGAAAUGGACAAAAAGCAAGCCACCAUCGACGACCUGCACGCCCAACUUCGCGACGCAUCAGGAGAGCUCGGCGAACAACGCAGACGAGCCGAGCACCUGCAAGCGGAAGCCAAGGAGAGUGACGCGCGCAAGACCAAAAUUGCGAACCUGAGAAGAGCAUACGAUGAAGAACACACCCUCCUUUCCCAAAUGCAAAGCCAAGUUGGCCAAAUGAACACCGAUCAUGACCUGCAAUUAGGCGAUGCAGAUAAGAGCCUCGCAAUCUCCGAUCAAGCCUCCUCCAUCCUCUCCCGAGUUACCAUGAAUCAGCAAGAACCGCUCGUCAUUGACCGCGCCGACCGCCAAGCUCUGUCUACUUCCCUCCCGCCGGUGCAUGUCCUGCGUGCGAGAGUCCGUGCGUACGAAGCUGUCAAUCAAGACCUGGAGACGAGCGUGCGGGAUCUGCAAAGCAAGAGUUCGGAGCUGGCGAGCAAGUACCGGCAGAUUAUCAGCCUGUGCACGCGGACGCCUGAAGCGAGGGUGGACAGCGUUAUUGAUAGUCUCUUGCGGGCUAUUGAGAGCGAGCCGAGUGAUGUCGAGAGCACGCGGAUACGCGAGUUCUUGUCGCGGGUUGAAGGCGUUUGA